AAAUAAGUCAGGAAAAGCAACAGGCAGCUACAAUCCUUAUACGUCACUGUAGCCCGAGCUCACUAAGACCCCGAAGUUUCUGGAAAACGCGUAAGAAGGCUUUUGCACCCGUGUCUGCAACUCUCCUCACUGAGACUUUGAAAUUUCUGGAAAACGCCUAAAAAGUUUUCUUCUGCAGCAGCGCCCCCCGCUAAGACCCCGAAGUUUCUGGAAAACACUCUACACGGCUUCUUCGGCUCCAGCACAGGAACCUGUUUCUCUAGACGCUUUGACACAGUCACCAGUUGUUGAAAGAGUCUCAAGGAAGAAGACAAAUACCAAAUUGCCAUAGUUGAUUUUUUUUUUCCCUGAGAAUUCUCAUCACAAUGGCUUCACGGUGCAGAGAAAACUUGAUUCACAAGUCAUCAUCAAAUGACUUUGAAUUAGACAAUGCAGAGUUCAUUCCAACCCAGGCUUCUGCUGUGCAGUGGGGAGAAGACAUCUCUCGCUCACCAGGUGCUCAGUUCAAUGUUUCCCCAAAUGACACUGGCUCCCUGGCAAAGCAGGAGCUGCAAACACUCUGGGAGAUGUUUACCUCCUGGUUGCAGCCUGAAAAGCAGAGCAAGAAGCAGAUGAUUUCUCAACUGGUCUUGCAGCAGUUUCUCCUCACUGGGCACUGCAAGGACAAGUUUGCCUUGAAAGAGAAGUGGAAAGCCAGUGGCAGAAACAUGGGGAGAUUCAUGGCAGGUCUGACUGAUGAGUGCUUGAAGCCUCCUGCCAUGGUCCAUGUUGCCAUGAAUGGGCAGGAAGCCCUCUUUUCUGAGAACAUGCCCUUAAAAGAAGUCAUCACACAUUUGGAGCAACAGAGAGCAGCAACAACUCCAACACAAGAGAAUGCAAGGGCACUCUUGGAGAUUCCCAAAGAUAUAUUCUUGGCAACAGGACAUGAAAAUACAGAAGAUGGCCGCCAAACUCUCUGGAAUGCUAGUGCUGAAAAUGGCAGUGUUAAUCGUAGUGGAACUGUGAGGGAUUCCCGUCUCACUUUCCAGAGAGUUCAGUAUCCGGAGCUUGAAGAGGAAGAUGUUUCUUAUGGAAUCCCUCAGGUUGUCAGAAUAGGAAGUCAGGGUACUUCUAGGUCCCAGGAGAUGUCCCUGAGGGCAUCUUCUUCUGAAGGUGUCCUUAUGGAGGUACAACCAGUGUUUCUCUCCCUGACAGAGCAGGCUGAGGACACUGGGGAUGGCCACAACACUACCGAUAUAAGUGGUGGUAUUAUUAGUCUCACAAGUGAGGGAGACUCCAUUUACAUUAUCCAGAGAGAGCCGUGUUCUGACCCUGAUGUGGAAGGUGUUUGUUAUGGAGUGCCUCAGGAUUUAACAAUAGCAAUGUGUGGUACCUCCAGGUCCCUGGAAGAGUCCCUGUGGGCAGCUUCUUCUGAAGUUGUUCCUAUGGAGGCACCAGGCUUCCUGUCCAGGCCAGAGCAGCCUACCCCUAAGCCUGCCCCUCUUUUCCAGCAUCACGAGGCAAAUUCCACCUUUGAGGGUUACCAAGAGAGACUCCAGAGAGACCCCAAACCAUACAAAUGUGAGGAAUGUCCCAGAACCUUCAAAUAUCCCUGCAACCUCUCCAUCCACCAGAAAACACACAGGAAGGAGAAGCCAUUUUUCUGUAAGGAGUGCCAGAUAGGCUUUUACCAUGAAUCAGCACUUCAAGUUCAUGAGGUCAUACACAAGGCAGAGAAGCCUUUCACAUGCAGUAUAUGUGGAAGGGCCUUUAGAUACAAGACCAACCUGCAGGCUCAUGAGAGAAUUCACACAGGAGAGAGACCUUACUCCUGCUCUCUGUGUAAUAGUACCUUCCGCCAGUCAUCCACAUACCACCGUCAUCUGAGGAAGUUCCACAAAUCAGAAUGAACCGUGGCCCUUCCUCACCAGAGGCUAGCAGGGUUUCAACCCCAGUGUUUCAUGUGCACAUGAAGAAACAUGCAGCUUUUCAGUAGGAGUUAGCCAGUGAACUGGUUUCAUUUAACACUCAGAUUGCUUCUUUCAUGUGUUGCCCCAUGCCAUUGGUAUGUGAGGGUGAAAAUGAGGUUUUUGUCAGUUUGUUCACAAAAGUUUUUCAAGUGCCUAAAUACUGGCUGUUACCUGAUUUCCUAGUAGUGAAUAAAUGUUGAUGGUUAUGUU